GAAAUAAUCUCGGAAAUAAUAGAGGAAAUAGUUGUCAAAAAGAUGCAAUCUAAGACAGAUCCUGAAGAGCCACUCCCUUCCAAAUCACUAGGAGUCGUCGAGUUUUACUCUGGAAUAGGAGGGUGGCAUUAUGCCAUUCGGGAAACUGGACUGAAUUUGAAGAUAUUAGCAGCCGUUGACAUCAACACUACUGCUAAUCAGGUUUACAAGCACAACUUUCCAAAUACCAAAGUACUUCAGAGAAAUAUUUUAGGUUUAAGCGCACAAGAGCUAGAUUCAUUCUUAGCUAAUUUGUUUACACUCUCUCCGCCCUGUCAACCUUUUACUCGGCAAGGGAAAAAUGAAGAUGACAUUGAUUAUAGGACUGAUAGUUUUUUCCAUUUAAUGGGUAUCUUAAGUGCAAUGCAAAAGCCGCCUCAAUAUAUCAUGAUGGAAAAUGUUAAGGGAUUCGAGUUGUCAAGGACAAGAGGACACUUUGUACAUGUCCUGAAGGAACUGGGAUAUACAUUUCAAGAAUACUUAAUUUCACCAAAGCAGUUUGGUAUUCCCAAUUCAAGACUGCGGUAUUACCUUCUUGCCAGGCUUUCGCCACGAAAUUUUAAAGCAGCUCCAUUACAAGACACUGUAGAGCAUUUGAAAUAUUACAUUCCAACCAGUUUUCAUGACAUACAUCUAAAGUGUGACAUUUCAAGUUACUUGGAUGAUCUAUCAGAAAUAGAUGUACAACAAUUUUUAGUCCCUGAUAGAAUUCUAGAAAAAUAUGCACAAGGAUUAGACAUAGUGUCAGCAAAAUCUCAUUCAUCUUGUUGUUUUACUCGAGGAUAUUAUCAUUAUGCAGUUGGUACUGGCUCUGUGCUACAUCAUGACUGCUCUGUAGAUCUAGCUCUAGCGUACCAAUGUUAUGCAGAGCAGAAGAAUAAUUGUGACGGCAUCAAAUCCUUAAAAGAACUGAAACUCCGUUACUUUACUCCUCAAGAGGUGGCGAAAUUAAUGUCAUUUCCAGCAAGUCAUACUUUUCCCACAAGUGUGUCAAAUAAACAGUGCUACAAGUUACUAGGCAAUAGUGUGAAUGUUUUUGUUGUAGCAACACUCCUCUGUUACUUGUGCAGUCAAUAAAACUAUUAGCAU